CAUUCUUCAACAUGCCCGGAGUACUAGCCGAGACUACCCUAUCUGUUAACGAUGGUCCUUUGACCUCUGAGAAUGCAGCUUACCUGCGUCCCUCUGACCCCAACCUCCCCGUCGAGGAACUCCGCAAGCGGUACAAUGAGGAGGGCUACCUUUUCUUAAAGCAGGUACUGCCCCGCGAAGAUAUCCUGGAAGCCCGCAAGGCCUACUUCGAGUACCUCGCUCCUACCGGGGUUCUGCAAGAGGGUACUGAGCCCGUGGAGGGAGUCUUUAACCGGACGAAAUCGAUCGACGACUAUCCCGGCAUUGGAGCCGGCCAUGUGGGCGGGAAUGGCCGCCCCGGUGGAGACAACGCGGCGCAGUUCGUUGACAAGGCCAUCGAAGCCCAUUACAAGGACUGGUACACUAAGAACGUGGUCAACCACCCCGCUUUGUACGAUUUCAUCGCCAAGUUCACCGGCUGGGGCAAUGAUACGUUGACCUUCAAGCGGACGCUCCUGAGAAAUAAUAUUCCCGGCUCGAAGCCGAUUGGUGUUCAUUAUGAUCAGAUCUUCCUUCGCUAUGGAGAGCCGACGGCGGUAACUGCUUGGGUGCCUAUUGGUGAUAUUAAGAUUAACGGUGGAGGUUUGAUUUAUCUCGAGAAUGGUGACUCCAUUGGCCAGAAGAUAGAAAACGAUUUCACUGCCAAGGCAUUGAAGGCUGGCCUGACGGAAGAAGAGGCCAAGUCGGCCUUCAACUCAAACAUGAUGUCUACCGGUCUACUCUCAGAGUUCCCGGCUGAGUUUGCUAAGGAACAUGACCGUCGCUGGCUUGUCUCGGCCUACGAGGCGGGUGAUGUGGUCUUGCACAAGCCUCAUGUCAUCCACGCGUCGACUAUCAACAACGACGAGGAUAACAUCAUCCGUCUUGCAACUGAUCUGCGAUUCUGCGAUUCCUCGAAGCCCUAUGAUAAGAGGUGGAUGAACCACUACAGGUUUAAUGACGGCGUUUGAUUUGAAGGAUUAUUUGAGUUCCAUUGUUCACUCUUACGGCCGUAUACCAGUAUUUUAAUGCAUGAGCAUUUUCUUUAACGAGAUUAUAUCUAUGACCAUCUGCAAUUUGCAAGCUCAAUUUGAACCGAGGAUGCACUGGCACUAUGCGUAUAGCAUACACGAAAUGAAUAUAUCCACAUACCCAUUCACCGACCCGCAUCUAAUCAGGGAAGCCAUUGACAGCAGACCCUACAUUCUAGACAGAAUCUCCAAACGUACAAUGGCAGAUU